CCAUCCGAGGUGUGAAUGACAGAGGUGGUGCCUUCUAGAGCUCUCAGCGAGGUCAGCCUGUGCCUCCUCUGCCACGAUUACAUAGACACUGUGAAGCACCUGUGUGGCGAUUGGUUCCCCAUUGAGUACCCAGACUCAUGGUAUAGUGAUAUCACAUCCAACAAGAUGUGAUAUCUUGCUGCAACCUACAGAGGUGCUAUCAUGGGAAUGAUAGUAGCUGAAAUAAAGAAUAGGACCAAAAUACAUAAAGAGGAUAGAGAUAUUCUAGCCUCCAGCUUCCCUGUGGACACGCAAGUUGCAUACAUUCUAAGUCUGGGAGUAGUGAAAGAAUUCAGAAAACACGGCAUAGGUUCCCUUUUAUUAGAAAGUUUAAAGGAUCAUAUUUCAACCACUGCCCAGGACCACUGCAAAGCCAUCUACCUACAUGUCCUCACCACCAAUAAUACAGCAAUAAACUUCCAUGAAAACAGAGACUUUAAGCAGCAUCACUAUCUGCCCUAUUACUACUCCAUCCGAGGUGUCCUCAAGGAUGGCUUCACCUAUGUUCUCUACAUCAAUGGCGGCCACCCUCCCUGGACCAUCUUAGACUAUAUCCAGCACCUGGGCUCAACACUAGCCAACCUGAGUCCCUGCUCCAUCCCACACAGGAUCUACUGCCAGGCCCAUAAUCUGCUCUGCAGCUUUCUGCCAUGGUCCAGUAUCUCCACCAAAGGUGGCAUCGAAUACAGCCGUACCAUGAGAUACCACUGGGGCAGCCGCCCCCAGGCCUCUGCACUUAGCACUCUGUGGAGCCUGUUUUCCUGUCUGUCUGACUUCUCCUGUGCUUUGCAAGGAGCUGGUGGCCACCUGCCAGCCCAUCGGCCUGCCCCCACUGUAGGCCCGGUGCUAUGCUGGCUCAGGAGCAGAGUGUAUGCCUGGUCUUCAACAGGCCCUCCUUCCUGCUUCUGGAAACUUCUUCCACCCGGAGCCCUUGUCCUGCCUCCAUGCACUGGCACCAUCCAAUGGCCUGGCAGGUAUUGGCUAUAUUCACUGGAAAAGGGCUUGCCAGGCCUCUCCUCUGCCUCCUGCUCCUUCAUCUUCCUACAAAAUGGACUGAACUUUGCUGUGAAAAGAAUGUGGACGCCUUUGACCCUGAAGACACAGGAACGUUAGAAUAAAGAGGCACAGCAAAGCGAAUGCCAGGUUUUUG